AUCCUUCAGCAUCACCAGCAACCACAACAACAGCAGCAGCAACAGUAUUCUACUCCUCAAUCACAGUCUUUACAACAAUCUAGUAUGCCUCAGGACCAUGCCUAUCUCGCAAGUUAUGGAUACAAUACUAGUUCAUCCAGCCCUAAUGCAAACGGUAGGCCGCUCCGUGACCCAAGUCAGCAAGUUGCAGAACGAUUGCCUCGCUGUGGUGCUUAUUUCUUCGAACCCUAAACAUCCCCCCCCCCCCUUUUUUUUUCAAUUUUCAUCUCGCUCAAACACACAUGCCAUUAAUAUCAAGAAUUAUAGUCAUAAGGUCUUAUAUAUAUAUUAUUUUUUUGAAGAGAAGUUCUCCAAUUUAUAUUCUUUAGACUUCUUCUUCUUCUUCUUCUCUCCCUCGCUUUCUUGUUAUCCUUUUUUCUUUCUUUCUCCAGCUACAUAUUUCGUCGGAUACUUUUUUGUCCAAGCCAAUCAAUAAAUCAUAAGCUUUGUUUCAUUCAAAUC